UUGUGUGGGGCGUGUCCGGCCCCGCACAAUGGGCCAUGGAGUUCCCGUUCGAUGUGGAUGCGCUGUUCCCGGAGCGGAUCACCGUGCUGGACCAGCACCUGCGGCCUCCGGCCCGCCGACCCGGAACCACAACGCCGGCCCGUGUGGAUCUGCAGCAGCAAAUCAUGACUAUUAUAGACGAACUGGGCAAGGCGUCUGCCAAGGCCCAGCAUCUCCCUGCACCCAUCACCAGCGCUUCCAGGAUGCAGAGUAACCGCCAUGUUGUCUAUAUCCUAAAGGAUAUUUCAGCCCGACCGGCAGGGAAAGGAGCCAUCAUUGGUUUCCUCAAAGUUGGAUACAAGAAACUCUUUGUACUGGAUGACCGUGAAGCGCACAACGAGGUGGAACCGCUUUGCAUUCUGGACUUUUACAUCCACGAGUCAGUGCAACGGCACGGCCACGGGCGAGAGCUGUUUCAGCACAUGUUACAGAAAGAGCGAGUUGAACCACACCAGCUGGCCAUUGAUCGACCGUCACCAAAGCUGCUGAAGUUCCUCAACAAGCACUACAACCUGGAAACCACAGUCCCACAGGUGAACAACUUCGUGAUCUUUGAAGGCUUCUUCGCUCACCAGCAUCGGCCCCCCACUGCCUCUCUGAGGGCAACUCGACACUCUCGUGCUGCCGAGGUCGAUGCCACGCCCACUGCUCCAGCGCGGAAGCUGCCACCCAAAAGGGCAGAGGGAGACAUUAAGCCAUAUUCCUCCAGUGACAGAGAAUUCCUAAAGGUGGCUGUGGAGCCUCCUUGGCCCCUGAACAGGGCUCCUCGCCGGGCCACACCGCCAGCUCACCCACCUCCACGCUCUAGCAGCCUGGGAAACUCGCCGGAUCGGGGUCCCCUCCGACCCUUUGUGCCAGAGCAGGAGCUACUUCGCUCCCUGCGUCUCUGCCCCCCACACCCUACUGCCCGCCUUCUGCUGGCCUCUGACCCUGGGGGCAGCCCAGCUCAGCGCAGACGCACCAGCUCCCUUCCCCGCUCCGAUGAGAGUCGAUACUGACAGCUGCCCCUUUCCCUCCCUCUUCCCAAACCCUGCAACCCACUCUUCCAUCAGGAUUCUUUUCUUCCCCUUCCGUGAACAGCUGGGUUGCCAGGGUUCUAAACAGCCUAACACUUUGUAGCUUUUCUUAUGGCAGAAGACACCCCGCACACUCCCACUCCCACCCCCAGCAUAUGCUCUCCCACAGGCAGCCCACUCUGCUCCUGCUGACUCCCUAGAGAAGCACACUCUGCUUACGGUCAGAUUCCAGACCAUCAGGGAAGGAAGAAGGGCCACCCCUGCCAGGGAAACCCUGAAGGAGUGUCCUGCCAAUGGAUACUCCCUCCACAGUGCCCACUGGCAGCUCUAAUCCUGCACCCUGCUGCCAAAUACACCUGUCCUUUAGUCUGCUGACGGCAGCCUGUGAGCAUAUUCUGCCUCCAAGCUGACAGGCUGAUGGGACAAGGACCCCUUGGCUUCCCAGCAGGGUCCUCCCAACAUUGCCAAACUCUUACUUUCCAAGUGUUGUGUAGAUGUCUCAGGUGUUGCUUUGGGGUCUCUACAGGAGACCCACAGACAACACCACUUAUUUCAGAUAACCUGAGCCUCUCUUGGCAGUAGAUCCCAGCAAACCCCAGGACCACUUAGCUGUGUCUUUGAAGAUAAACCUGAUCCAUUAGAUCCUGGAUUCCCCUCUAACCUCCCUGCCUCCCUCUAAAUAGACUCGGGAGACUGUCUUGAGAUAAUGUGGGGAUCACCCUUCUGCUCCCCUCCCUCCCCCACCCUCUGACUGCGUGGUAGAUCAGGUGCCCCGCGUGUUCCCUCAAGUCCUUGGGAGCAGGACCUCCCUCUCCCCACUUAGCCCUUCUCCCUCUCAGUGUUGUCUCAAUAAAGUGUGGAUUCUUCUGUUUUCUAAAUUGACAUUUUCAGUGAGAAGCGGUUAAGUUUCAUUUGUGCCUCAUCGACUUUCCUGGGGUCCCUACCUCUCUUCCUCUCAUCUUCAGAUCUGAGACCUGCAGCCGAGCUCAGGGCCACCUUUUCAGUCUGCCCUGCCCCGUCUUUAUUGCUGGUUCUAUCCUAGAGUUGCAAUAAGUAUGCAGACCUCGCUAUCCACUUGGGAACCUUAGGUCCCCUCCCCGCCCACAACUUCUACCUCCUUCCCCUGGCCAGCCCUUGAUAACUUUAUCAAGGAUAAAGAUUUGUUGGGAUCUCGGAAUUCACUAACCUCAGGACUGUUUCUGGGUUCGUCUCCUACUCUUUGACUUCCUCAUGUCUGCCCCACUAAUCCUUCAGUGGUCUCUUAAGACAGACAAGUUCUACCUACAUCCGUCCCCACAGGGUACCGGGCAUGGUGGCGCAUGCCUUUAAGCCCGGCUCUUGGUAAGAGUUUGAAGGGAGCCUAGUCCACGUAGCUAGUUCUAGUCCAGCCAAGGCAACAUAGUGAAACCCUGUCUCAGUAAUAGUAAUAAUAAUAAUAAUAGUCCAACAGAGUCUGUCACCCCCCUGAAAAGGCAGCCUUUUCCUCCUAAAUUCUGCCUUUUUACUCUGGUUUGAGAUUUCUUAUAUCUAAGGGUAACCAUGUUUUCCAAACAUCAGGUCACAUGGUCCAACAAGCUCUUCUCUUGCAUGCAUGAGUGUUUUGAUGACAUAACUGGGUCACAUCACAUACCACACCACCCCAAUUGGAAUAAAGCAAGACAGCAGGGAUGUGUCAAGAAAUAGUGAGGUAUAAAAUGAGCCCUUCCCCUACCUUUGCUGGGAAAAGCUUAGACAGGAUCCCUCUGGGUGACAGCUGCCCAUCGUCCUGUUCCCAUGCUGCUCCUCUCUCCUACCCCUCCAUGCCACCUUUCCUCCAGAGCCUCUUCCCCAUCUCCCAUUUCU